UCCGCGCGCAAUCUAAUCGCACAAGAGACCCACUUUAGUUUGUGAUACGCAUUAGGCUCGGACACACAACGCACGAUGGAAUAUAUUUGCAUUUUUCUAUUAGCCGGCGCGUUGCUAGCAACACUUGCCGCAGCUGUUGUCCAGCCGAACGUGCAAGAGGGUCUCAUCAUUGCUGAUUGUCUCAAAAAUUAUGGUGGCCUUACGGAGGAUAAGGCGCAGCGUUUGGUGCGUUUCAAGGAUUGGUCGGAUCAUUAUGAAGAAAUACCUUGCUUCACAAAGUGCUACAUCCAAAAUAUGUUUGAAAUGUUCGAUGAGUCUGAGGGCUUUAAAGAGGAGCAGGUGAUCAAGCAAUUCGGCCAGCCACUCUACAAGGCGUGCAAACAUCGUAUGGUGCCGGCAGCAGACACUUGUCAGCAGGCUUAUAAUGGAUUUCAUUGCAUUGUCAGCCUGGAAGACGAUCCAUUUGUACUCAUCGAAAGCAUGAAAAAUGUCAGCACCGAAGCUAAAACUGCCAUGAAAGAUUGCCUACAUCGCUAUGAUCGAUAUGAGUGGGAACACAUGAAGGAUUAUGCCGCAAAUCCCGUGCGUGAGCCCAUUCCAUGCUUCACCAAAUGCUUUGUCGAGCACCUGCAAGUUUUCAAUCAGAAGACACGUCAAUGGAAUAUUCCAUUAUUGAGAGCGAAAUUGGGUGUACCAGCGGUUGGUGCUGAUAUAAAGCAUUGUCUGGAACGUAGACGUAAUCGCAACGUCUGCGGGUGGAUGUAUCAAGAUUUCACCUGUUUCGGCUUGCCAGUCAAGUCAGUCUUCACAAAUAGCUACAACGCUAAAGAACGCAAACAGAAAGCAUCAAAUCACCAAAUCACCAGAAAGACGGGAACACCUACACAACACAAAAGAACACCGUCAACGAGUUUGAAUAAAAUGAAAUUUCGCAAAGCGUCUCGUGUGUUUUUAUUAAUAACACUCUCAAUCUGUAUACAAAUGGUUAACAGCGCAACGACAACAAGGGCGGCAGCAACAGCUGGCAAAAGCACACAUACGGAUGCAGAGAUACUGCGCAAAUGCUUGCGUCAAGUGGGCAGCAUAGAUUUGGCCAGCGAGCUGCAGAAGGUCCAACGCUACUCCAAAUGGACCAAGGAGGAGAUACCAUGCUUUACGCGCUGCCUCGCCACUGAGAAGCGUUGGUUCGAUGCGGACGCGAGCAAAUGGCAUAAGCAACAGAUCGCCGACGAUUUGGGCGCAGAUAUGUUCAAUUAUUGUCGUUACGAGCUGGACCGGUACAAUGAGGAUGGCUGCGAAUUCGCGUAUACGGGAUUGCGUUGCUUGAAACAGGCCGAAUUCUACCUGCCGCAAACACUGAAAAAUAUUCUGAGCUGCGCCAGCGAGUUAAAUGUCACUAUGAACGAGCUGAAAAAGUACGCCGGAUUCCCCGAAAAGGAGGUGGUGCCCUGCCUGUUUCAAUGCUUAGCCAAAAAGUUGAAUUUCUACACAUCAGACUACGAGUGGAAUUUCGAUAAUUGGAUAAGGGCUUUUGGACCCAUGCGCCAAGAUCGCUUAGCUUCGAUAGUUUGCAAAGUGAGUGCUGAACACAUUGCGACGCGCGACAAAUGUGAAUGGAUGUAUGAGGAGUAUAAUUGUUUGGAGCGCUUAAAUUACAACACAGAUGGCUCUUAUCCGUUGACGGAAACGACGACGCUGAGUGCUGCGCUUGCGAGUAAAAAUUCAAAAACAAUGGAAGUUGUAAAUACUUCUUGAUUUAUAUCUUAACUGUAUUUGUAAAAUAUUAUAUAAGUACAUACAUAAAUAUAAUUAGCUGUUCGGCAUUUUAUAUUUAAUUAAAUU